AUGACCUCCCUGGUUGCCUCCCCUCCCCCCGCUGCCCCCGAGGACCCUGCCCCGGGCCUGGCCCCACGGCUGCCCCGGUCCUUCCUCCGCAGCCUCCGGACCCUGUUCGAGAUCCUGGACGAGCAGCGGCGCGGGGCCGUGCACCUGUCGGAGAUCGAGAGCCGCUGGGGCCGGGGGGGCCCGGGCCUGAGCCCCCCGGGGGGGGUGCAGCACGAGCGCCUGCCCCCGGGGGUGCUGCCCGCCCUGCAGCAGGUGGCGGGGCCCAGCGGGGGGUUUCUGAGCUUCCCCCGCCUGGUGGCCGGGCUGAGAAUCGCGCUGCUCCAGGACCGGGACGGGGAGCAGGAGCCUGGGCCGGAGCCGGCUGAGACCGGACACAGCUCGGCGCAGGAGGGGCCGAGCGGGGCCCAGACGCGUGAGGGGGAGCCGAGGGGCGUGACCCGAUCCCGCAGCAUCAACAGCUCCCUGAGCCAGGCCGGGCGGCCCCGGAGCCUCCGCGUCCAGAAGGAGCCGCGACGCCACACGAUCACCCACGGCAUCGACUACGGGGCGCUGCAGCGCAGGCAGGCGCGGGAGCGGGAGCGGGACGCGCUGCUGCAGGGGCUGGAACUGGCCGAGCGCCUGCGGGGCUGGUACCGGCGCCACCUGCUGGAGGCCCAGCGCAGGCAGGAGCAGGUGGGGGCGGAGCCGGAUUAUUUCCCGGAUUCGUGCCCCAAUCAGAGCUGCCUCCUGCUGGCCAAGAUCCAGGAGGUGAAUCUUGGGCUGCGAAACCUACUGGCCAGCCCUGGAAAGGCUGACCCUCCCCCCUGCUUCUCCUCCAGCCGGUUUGGGGUCCCCCUCUUCCAAACAGGGAAGCAGCAGGAAUUUCAGCAGCAAGCGGUGAACGUGCUGAAGGAGCAGAACCGCCUGCUCAUCAAGGAGGUGUCGGAGAAGAGCGACCGCAUCGCCCAGCUGGAGCAGGAGAAGGCGGCUCUGUGCAGGCAACUCCAGGAGAGCCGGGGCUACCGGCUGCCCAGCCACAAGGAGUCGACCUUCAUCUGACAGACGAGGUCACUUCCUCCCACAGACCUACCGGACGAGGUCACUUCCUGCCACAGACCUACCGGACGAGGUCACUUCCUGCCACAGACCUA